AUGGCAGAGCUUCGCUCGCAUUUUCCUACAAGACCUGUCGCGAAUCCAAAAGCAGUUGUCUCAGGAGAGAAAUACAGGUUCACUGUGCUCACAGAUGCCUUGAUUCGUUACGAGUACGCUCCAGACGGAAUCUUUGAAGAUCGUGCCUCCACAUUUGCCAUCAACCGUGAUUUAGGCUCUGUCCCAGACUUCGAGACUUACGAGGACGAAUCGGGUCUCGAGAUCAUCACAGAGCGACUGCAUCUUACCUACGACAGACAACCAUUCAGCUCCUCCGGAUUAGUCGUUGAUGUGAAAGGAAAGAUCACCAAUUGGGGAAGUCAGUGGCGGUUCGGCAUAGAUGAGAAUCUCUGGGAAGGCGUGGAGAACUUUGGUGGAACAGCAAGGACUUUGGAUGGUGUGGAUGGCAGAUGUAAGUUAGAAGGGGGCAUCAUCGGUCGGGUAGGAUAUGCGACCAUCGAUGAUUCGGUAAGUAUGCUUUUUGAUGGGAAUGGAUGGGUUGGGUCAAGAAGACCUGGCGGCACCCAAGGAAAGCGGAUCGACGGGUACUUGUUCGCCUAUGGCUUGAGUUACAAGGAAGCUAUCAAAGCUUUCUACGCAGUCAGUGGAAAGCAGCCAGUGAUCCCAAGGUGGGCGUUGGGAAAUUGGUGGAGCAGAUAUUACGAAUAUCGGGCUGCGGAAUACCUGAGCUUGAUGGAUCUUUUCCAACAGGAGAAGAUACCUCUGAGCGUUGCCGUGCUCGAUAUGGAUUGGCAUUAUGUCCAUGAGGACAGAGUCACCACUGCCGGUUGGACAGGAUAUAGUUGGAACAAGCAGCUGUUCCCGGAUCCCAAGGGUUUUUGCGAAGCAUUGCACGAGAGACGGCUGAAGGUCACCUUGAACGACCAUCCUGCCGAUGGCGUACACGCAUUUGAGGACGUAUACGAGACAAUGGCGAAGUUCAUGGGUUUCGAUACCAGCCAGAAGAAGCCCAUCUUGUUCAACCCGACAAAUAAAACAUUUUUCGACGCAUUCUUCGAUGUGCUACAUCGCGAGCUAGAGGAAAAUGGAGUGGAUUUUUGGUGGAUAGACUGGCAGCAGGGAACGUUUUCGCGAAUUCCAGGAAUCGACCCGCUGUGGAUGUUGAAUCACUUUCAUUUCCUGGACAAUGCAAGAGAUGGCAAGAGACCCAUCAUCUUUUCGAGGUAUGGAGGACCAGGCAGUCAUCGAUAUCCCAUUGGGUUCUCUGGAGAUACGAGAGCUUCCUGGGCAUCGCUUGACUUUCAACCCGAAUUUACAGCGACAGCUUCGAACAUUGGGUAUGGCUGGUGGAGUCAUGACAUCGGCGGCCACAUGCUUGGUGCCAAGGACGACGAGUUAUCCACUCGGUGGUUGCAGUAUGGUGUCUUCUCGCCAAUCAUGCGAUUGCACUCGACUUUGAGCGAAUGGCAAUCGAAAGAACCAUGGAAUUACAGGACCGAGUUCGAGGAGAUCAUGAAAAAGUUCCUUCGCUUUCGCCACAGAAUGAUCCCCUACCUAUACAGCAUGAACGUGAGAGCAGCAACCGAAGACGAGCCACUAGUCCAACCUUUGUAUUGGCAGUAUCCCCGAGCUCAGGACGCACAGCACAACAAAAAUCAGUAUUUCUUUGGUUCGGAGCUGAUGGUUGCACCAAUCACCAAGCCACGACAUCUACAGACUGGAUUGGGCACCGUCAAGGCGUGGCUGCCACCUAAUGGAAGAUACGUUGACAUAUUCACGGGGACGGUCUAUGAUGGUGGCCGAAUAUUGAACCUAUAUCGGCAACUGACCGAAUAUCCAGUGUUUGCGUCUGAGGGAUCCAUCGUUCCUCUUGACGCUGCAGAGGUGCCGGUGAAUGGAGGGACAAAUCCCAAGGAUUACGAACUCUUCGUCGUGGUAGGCAAGGACGGCAAAUUCAGCAUUUUCGAAGACAGCAGAGACGAUCCUGAAGACAGAAACACAGGUGGUCAAGCGUACGAACAGCGACAGAUCCCAAUCACGUGGACACAAGCGGAAGGAUGCUUGCGGAUUGGCCCUGUUAAAUCUGACGUUGGAGCUGCCGAUGCCGAACCGAGGAGGAAUUGGAAGGUUAAAUUCAUAUCUUGCAGCGGAAUUGAACUCAAGAACGUGGCUAUUGUUGACUUUGACGUCGGGAUAAGUAUGGAUCGAUCCAUGGCGGGAGGCUUUACAAUUAACAUCACCGACGUCCCAUCGGACAAGGAGGCCGUGAUCGAGAUUGGCAAAAACCCUCAGCUGGAUAUCCUUGAUAUCAAAGAACCUGUCCGCAGCAUGAUCAAUGGCUUUCAGUGUAGGUUCGACAUCAAAGACAAGCUAUUCGAGUGUAUCAAGGAAGAUGGCCUGUCUAUUGCGGCGAGAAGCAGUCGGCUGUUGGCGGUGGAGGUUGAAGAGAAGCUGGUUGGUCCUGUGUUCGAGCUACUUCUGGCGGAUUCGAGGUUGCAGCAUGUGUCUCCCUUUAUGCCGGAUGGAUCAUUACAGUAG